CUGUCACCAAACAAGAGACGCGACUCUCCCAGUCUGAACAUCCCUCCAGCUGCUGCGUCGGAGUCGACCGGCCAAAAGGAAACAGUGUCUGCGGCAUCUAAGCGAUCCAGACCUGAUGAUGAGACUCCACCGACCAUCCUGCCGCAGAGAUACGAAUUAUGCGCCGCUGAGGACAUAGUAGAAUUGAUUGCACACAUGCUGGCGGAGUUGAUCGCAAGAAAUAACGCGAUCCGAACCUCCAAUCGUGGCUACACACGAUUUCAUUCAAGAACUGCUCCCGGUAUAUCAGUGCGAGACUAUUUACGCCGGCUGGCGAGGCAUGCGACGCUGACGCCACCCUUGCUUUUGGCCAUGGUCUACUAUAUCGACCGUCUGUGUACCUCGUAUCAGGAAUUCUCCAUUAAUGCCUUGACGGUACACCGGUUUCUGACCACAGCGGCUACCGUGGCUGCGAAAGGAUUGUCAGACUCAUUCUGGAACAUCAAGACUUACGCCAGAGUUGGCGGCGUAGCGGCCUCAGAACUGAGGCUGCUGGAGCUUGAGUUUCUAUACCGUGUGGACUGGAAAAUUGUGCCCAACCCAGAGAUUCUGGUGGCAUACUACCAUGGCCUAGUCGAGCGCACUCCAGCGUACAUAUUGGAGUCGGAGGGUUCCUCGGAAGACGAUAUCAACGAAGACGGCGAAGAA